AUGUCUGCGGAAUUAAAGCGUAAGGGUGGUUUGAAUGAGCCAAAGUUGAUCCAUUGUGGCUUGAAGAGGCUUGAAGCUAUCGAGUCUUCUGAUUCUCAUUCUGAUUCUGGGUCGCUGUUGCAGUUGCCAUCCAUUGCUCAAGAUGCAUCUUUCCUCUUCUGGUUUGGUGGGCUCUUCUUACCCCACCUAAGCUCCAUCUUAUCAAUCGCAACCUCUUGCUCGUGUUCUUUUCUCUCUUUCUCUGCCGCUAAUCUCUUACAAGGCGGGUCACCCACAGCUAUCAAACCCGCUGGAGCGUCUUGGCGAUCGGCCUCUUCCUCGAAAUACCGACAGAACAUUCCCUAUCCUAAACCACAAGUGAUCCCUAGGAUCCCACGGCACGUCAAAGCCGGUUCGACCGCCACAAAUUCACAGGAGAGACAUCUUCCAGUGGACCCUUCAACGGUCGAGAAGCCAUUCUAUGGAUGCAGUAACCAGAGAGAGUGGCCUGACAGUUAA